GCGAACACGACCCCAGACGGCGCGUGGUCGUGUUUACAACACUUGUACUUUUAAAUACUCCAACAAUAUUGACAAUGAAUCUACAAGCUAACUUUCUAUAAACAGCGUCGUUGGUCAGGAACUUUAUCCGCAUCGUUGUGAAGUGACCAGGUUGUAAUUUAUACAUAGAAAGUACGUAGUUAUAAAGUUGUUUAUGUUACUGCACCGGCGAUUUCAAUUCAAAGAAAAUGGAUAUAUUUGGAGCCACAUUUUUCCUAUGGUUUAGCGUAGCAGUAAAUACAGUGAUUGUAAUCGCCGCUGAAUCUCCUGCAUUAAUACUUACUCCUUACAUCAAGAGAAACGAAACAGAAAAAGCUAGAAAUUUGUCAGAAGUUGAUAAGAGUCUAUUUCUGAACGUGUCCAGUUAUUCAGGCUUUGUAACGGUAGACGAGCGGUAUAACUCCAACAUGUUUUUCUGGUACUUUCCUGUAGCAGAAGGAAAUGUAACUGAAAGUCCUUGGAUAAUAUGGCUUCAAGGUGGACCUGGGGCCACCAGCCUGGCUGGUGUAUUUGACGAGAUCGGGCCGUUUGAAUACAAUAAAGAAUUGAAAUUGCGUGACGCGUCGUGGGGGAAAGGCAAUUCUCUUCUAUUCAUCGAUAAUCCGGUUGGAACUGGGUUCAGUUUUACCAAUAGUGAUGACGGUUUCAUCAGAGAUAUGAAUAAGUGCGCAGAGGAUUUGUACAGUCUUUUACAACAAUUUUUGACUGUAUUUCCGGAGUUACGCAAGGCGCCACUAUAUAUUGCAGGAGAAUCUUACGCCGGCCGAUAUGCGCCCGCGUUCGCCUACAAAAUAUUACAGACUAACAACUUGCAGCGGGACGAACCUGUUAAUUUACAGGGUCUGAUGUUGGGGAACCCAGUGUUCAAUCAUAAAGACAUAGCCGAUUACACCAAAGUAUAUUAUGAAUGGGGUUUGAUUGAUUCAAACGGUGUUCAAAUUGUUAAACCUUUACAAGAUGCUUAUUUGAAAGCUAUAACAGACAACAAUUAUAAAUUAGCAAGCAGUUUACGUGAGCAGUUGUUGAACGAAUUGGAAAAUAUAACUUUGCAAAAACAAAGUUACAAUAUUUUGAAAGAUGCAAUAAAUGUGGAUCAAUUUAUAUCUUUUGUCGACCGAAACGAAAUAAAACAAGCCAUACAUGUCGGCGCCAUUAAAUUUGCAUUUUCAAAUGAAACUGUGUUUGAAAAAUUAAUAUCCGAUUUCCUAAGCAAUAAUACGUUAGAAAUGGAAACUCUAUUGGAGAAUUACAGGAUUUUAAUAUACUGUGGUCAGUUGGAUGCUGUUGCCCCUUGUGUUCUGAAUGCUGAAGGACGCCGUCGCUCAUGGGCUUGGAGUCAGCGCGACAAAUUCAUGAAUGCACCGAGAACGCCGGUGUUGUAUAACGACAGUGUGGCUGGUUACGUCAAGAGUGGUGGAGGCUUAACUGAAGUGUUGGUGCGCGGCGCAGGACACCUUGUACCAAUUGAUAAACCUGAACAAACCCAGAAAUUGAUUUCCUACUUUGUUAGAAAUUUCAAUUUGCCUAUACCACAAAAUUACAAUGUUUAUAAUAGUACAUCUACAAAAUUACAAUCUGGUGAAGUAAUAAGUAACGUAUCAGACAUAAAAACAAAUGAAACAGUUACAUAUGGAAACGCGGCCUUGAUAGUCAGUGUUAUAAUUAAUGCCAUAUUAAUGUUGAUAAUUGCUGGUGGUGUGAUAUACAUUUUGCGAUUCAAAAGACGAAGUACAUCAUAUUUUUAUGAGGUUGUAGAUGAUAAUUCCUCUAUUUCUGAUGGCGUACUAACAAUGACAUAGUAUUUACUACGAAUCAUACAUGGAGAAAAAUAUUGGUAGACUAAUUUAAAUAGGUGCAUAUACCAAAUAAUCUUUUAAUAAGUACAAUCCCAGUUAGUGUUUUAAGGAUAGAAAGAGAGAUAAUAAUACAUAACUGUGGACAUAUCACAUAGCGCCGUCUAUUUCCAAAUUAAGUAGAACUUAUAGUCACUCUGAAAUAUAGUAGAUAUCAGAAAUAUAGUAUUUUCGAAAUAUAAUAUUGUGUGUAACGUGUUUCGUGCUCUGCUUUUUAACUAGUUUUGAAACUGAAGAAUUUGGAAUAAAUCAAUAUUAUAGGCAACAACCAUUAGAUGGUAUGUAAGUACAAACCAUAAUAGAGUUACUGCACAAACUAGUCAUUGGACAUCAAAAUCCAUUACUUCCUAAUUUAAAUCAAAAAUAAAGUAAGAAGUAAGUAAUUUUUAUAAAUAUUUUUUUUUGUAAUUGAA